UUGGAGGCGGUAGAUGCGUGCAGAGCUCAUGCUGGCGGUGGUCAUGAAGGAGACGUGCGGACAUUAUUUGGAGAACCAGCCGCAAAGGCACUAUGGGAUCACUUCUCCAAUUAGCUUGGCACCUCCAAGGGAAAUAGAUUACAUCUACACACAGAAGCUGAUUGAUGCCAUGAAGCCUUAUGGUGUGUUUGAAGAUGAGGAAGAGCUGAAUUGCAGGAUAAUUGUUCUCGGUAAGCUAAAUCUCUUGGUCAAAGAGUGGAUUGCAGAAGUUGGCGAAAAUAAGAACAUCCCAUCUUCAGUCUUUCCAAGUUCUGGUGGCAAAAUAUUCACGUUUGGUUCCUAUCGGCUUGGAGUUCACACAAAAGGUGCUGACAUAGAUACUCUCUGUGUUGCCCCUAGACAUGUGGAACGAUCAGACUUCUUCCAGUCGUUCUUUGAAAAGCUAAAACUCCAGGAUGGCAUCAGAAAUUUAAGAGCAGUAGAGGAUGCAUAUGUACCAGUAAUCAAGUUUGAAUUUGAUGGAAUUGAGAUCGAUCUUGUGUUUGCAAGGCUGGCGCUGCCAAGCAUUUCUGACAAUCUGGAUCUUCGGGACGACUCGCGUCUGAGAAGCCUCGAUAUAAGAUGUAUUCGGAGCUUAAAUGGUUACAGAGUCACUGAUGAAAUACUUCAUUUAGUACCAAACAAGGAGAACUUCAGGCUGACGCUCAGAGCAAUUAAACUGUGGGCAAAACGGCGUGGAAUUUAUUCUAAUAUGCUGGGAUUUCUUGGUGGUGUUUCUUGGGCCAUGCUGGUGGCAAGGACGUGUCAGCUGUAUCCCAAUGCUUUGGCAUCAACGCUAGUUCAUAAAUUCUUCCUGAUCUUUUCAAAGUGGGAAUGGCCCAAUCCCGUCUUGUUGAAGCAACCUGAAGAGAGCAGUCUCAACUUGCCAGUCUGGGACCCCAGGGUAAACCCAGCGGAUCGUUAUCAUCUGAUGCCCAUCAUCACACCAGCCUAUCCACAGCAGAACUCCACGUAUAAUGUGUCUACUUCAACCCGAGCGGUAAUGGUGGAAGAAUUCAAAUAUGGUCUUAUGGUUGCAGAUGAGAUUAUUCAAGGAAAAUCAGACUGGCCGAAGCUUCUUGAACCACCCAACUUUUUCCAAAAGUACAAACAUUACAUCGUACUGAUUGCCCGUUCUCCCACGGAAAAGCAGCAUUUGGAAUGGGUUGGCCUGGUAGAAUCUAAAAUCCGUGUGCUCGUUGGAAACUUGGAAAGGAAUGAACGUAUUACCAUCGCACAUGUGAAUCCACAGUCCUUCCCUGGAACUAGGGAGCAAUACCAAGAGAGUGACUACGUGUCUAUGUGGUUUCUGGGAGUAACUUUUAAGAAAGUGGAGAAUGCAGAGUUUUUAAACAUUGACUUAACCUACGAUAUCCAGUCAUUCACGGAUACAGUUUAUAGGCAAGCAAAUAAUAUCAACAUGUUGAAAGAAGGCAUGAAGAUCGAAGCUACUCACGUGAAGAAGAAACAGCUCCAUUAUUACUUGCCAGCAGACCUCUUGCAGAAGAGGAAAAAGAGCGUGCCGGAUGUUGGUCAACACGCUUGCAGGCUUGUGUUUAAAAGGACAUCGGUGGACGAGGGCUGCUUGGACAGUUACAGGAGCGCAGAUCUUGUGACACAAUGCAAAACCGUCCCAUCGUUCAGUGGCAUGGCCAAGUUUGGCAGUAGUUCUUUUUCAAAAGAAACGGAAAGGUAGGCU